AUGGCGCCCCGCAAUCCCGUCGCAAACAUAUCCUUCACCGUCGACUCUGCCUCCGAGGACGAAAUGGCACGCGACGUCAAUUCCUUCCCGACUCCAGACUCCAACACCGAGAACAAGGUCCCGGCGCGCAAAGGACGCGGAAAAGCUGCGCAAAACGCAAAACCUGCACCUGCGACAAAGAAAAUCGCGAAAGUGAAGGUUCCGGCGCGUCGAGCUAGUGGCGGGUCUGUGUUGGGGGUCAAGAAGGAAAAGGCAGCAGUUACAAAGAAGUCAGGCCCGAGGGCCGGCCGCAAAGUCCUUGCCGAGCGCCAGAAUACGAAUAUGAGUGACACCGAAGAGGUGGAUGAAUUCGAAGGCGAGGAGGAGAUAGUAGGACCAGUGGCGGAGGUUAAGGUAACGAGGCGGGGACGACCGGCGAAGGCGAAGAAGGUGCAAGAAGAAGAUGAGAGCGUG